AUGGUAGCAUCAUCUGAUGUCAAAACUUCUGUCAAAAUUGAGUAUUUAAAUGAUCUCAGAUUAAAAAUCAGAGAAUCGAAAGGAGAUAAAAACUCACCCAUUUUGAGUGUCAGAGCCAUUACGAACUACAUUCAAGGUUUACAGAUCCUAGAUGAUAUGGAUAACAUGGAACUUGCUAGAACAAGCUUCAGAACCUUGAGUGACCUCUUAAAGUACGCUGCCAUAGGAGGAAAAAUCACUAAGGAACAUGCUAGAUCUGUUUUCCCAAUCCUUAUAAGCCGACUUGGAGACCACGAUAGCAAAAUUCUGGCAUCAGCCGAGAAAAGGCUUGAUGAUAUCUGGCUCAUCAACAAUAAAGAAGUACAACAUGGAUUUGAACAUAUAGCAUUUCCUCAUCGCAACCCUGAUGUGGUGAUCAAAUCUUUGUCUUGGUUAUUGGAAAGAGCUAAUGAGUACAUUCAAUUUAAUUUGGAACGAUUAAUAUUAAGCAUUGUGAAAGCAAUCAACGACAACUACCAUCAGUCACGGAUGAAUGUUGUAAAUGCAUUUUUGGAAUUCCUUGCCACAUAUUUCAUGUCCCAUAAUGAUCCAGCAUCUCAUAAACUUGCGGUCAAAGAGGUAUAUUCAACCAAAGUCGAAGAUUACGUGAGAGACAGCAUUUUGAACGCCAUAAACAAAAAUCCAAGCACUGUAUCAAGAAGCAGAGCUCCAGUUUUAAAAGCCCUGGAUGAAAUGCAGUCUUAUGGGUUCGAGUCGUCCAAAAAAUCCCCGAAAAAGUCAACAGGAGACAUUCAGAGCGAAUUAAGGUCCCCUUUUGAAGUACAAAGCCAUCACUCCAUAGCCCCAUCAGAAGACGCCAAUGAAAGUAUUUCAGAAGCCCUGGAGCUGGAAUCUGACCUUCAAGCUUUUACAAGUAGAUUGGAUAGUUAUGGCUUCGAUGAUUCUAUUCACACCUCCGACACAUAUACUGUUGAUGAUUUACAUCGUUUGUCACGCGAUCUUCUUCCAGUAUUCGAAGGUAAUGAAACUGAGAACAAUUGGCAGAUAAGAGAAAGGAAUAUCAUGAAGAUUAGAAUGGUUCUUCGAAGUAACGUUAUAGGUGAAUUCCCUGAGGAGUUUAAAUCGCUUUUACAACGAUUUAAUGAAGCCAUUCGUAAAGCUCUUUUGUCCUUGAGGACUACUUUAUCCAGCAAUGCUUGUCAGUUAAUCAAAGAAUCAGCCAUGGUAUUGAAAGAGUCGUUUGACUCUCUUGUCGACACAUUCUUACCGGCAUUGAUACAAGUUUGCUCUUCAAACAAGACUAUUUCCACCAAGAAUUCUCAUACUGCUAUAUGUGCUAUAAUUAUGAGUUGUUCAUACUCUGCAAGGUUUAUCAGCAAAAUCGAUACUUGGGCAGCGGAUAAGAACAUUAAUCUUCGUGCUUUCACAUGUUCUUGGUUACACAUUGUUUUCCUCAGAUUCCACGAUUUCCCUAACUUCUGCAUCCAACCAGCAUCUCAAAAUCCCGCCAGAAUAACCUCAGUGAGUAAGACUCUUGGAAAGUUAUUGGCAGACUCUAAUGGAACUGUCAGACAAGCUGCCAGAGAGGCAUUCUGGUCAUUUGUGAAAUACACCCCUGAUGUAGCUGAAUCAAUCUUUUCAAAAUUGGACUCCAAUGUCUCUAAAGGCAUAGAGAGGGCUGCUCCUUCCAACAUAGGCUCGUUGAGCGACAUUUUUGAAACUUCAAAAGAAGUAAGAGGAACAAAUAGAUCUAAAGGGCAACCAGCUACAAAAAUAAGCUCAAGGAUAUCUAUGCCAUCAAGACCAGCCUCAAAAAGUGUGUUCAGACAAGCAGCAAAGCCACUUCCAACUGUAGUGAAACUGAUAAUCAGUCGCCCGGCGACUCCAAACGUUAUUUCAAACAUUGUUCAAUCUAGAGCUCCUUCAAGACUAUCAGCGCAGACAAGCCUUCCCAAACGUCUAGGAGGGUCCCUAGUUAGUGACGAGAAUUCAAAACGUGGGAUAAGUAAACUUGAACGGUCCAACUCAAGAAAUCAACCUAACCAAGUUUUCCAUUCUCUGUCCAAUGUCAAGGCUGAUUAUUCAAAACCGGAAAGGACUAGCAGUCUUAAAAAGGUUGAUGCGCCAGUCAAAUCCAAGAAGAACGCUGUCAUCUCAACAAAUGGGCCUUCGAGUGAACAUUCUAAUGCAGUUGUGAAGCCUAUUUCUGCUUCUAUUCCCACUAAUACUCCUGCUUCGAUCUCAAUUUCGUCUAAAGAAUCUCCUCAUAAACAGGUCAACCCUGUUUCUACGUCAGUGUCAAGAGUCCUUGAUGACAGGUUACCAUCUUUGGAAUUCCCAUUGGUUUACCAGUUGGCUUCAUCUGAUAUCACAGUCAUAAGAACAGGAAUCGAUACUUUGAAGUAUGCCCUCAAAUUCAAUGAGACUGCAGAAAUACCAAAGAAUAUCAAUAUAAUAUUGUCCAAGCUAUCUCGCUCACACAAUGAAAUGUUGAAACCCUUAUUCAAUUAUGUUGCAUUAAGCAAGAUAUUGCCUGUAUUCAAUUUGGAUGAUAUGUUACGAGUUUAUUUCACUCUUUUUGAAGACGUUUCAGAAAGCUUCGUUGACGAAUUGAAAAGUAACUUCGAUUCUGACAAGAUUUACAAGGCAAUUGACUUGGUACUAAUCAAUUGUUUGAAUUGCAAAAAACUACUCCACAGUGAUCCCCUAUUUGGAGAGCAAGUGUCUAUUUAUAAACCAGUCAUCAUUAAGCUGAUCAUCAAAUUUUUGAGUAUAGAUAUAAAUGAAGCUUCCAGCGACCUGAACUUCCCAAUUAUUUCAAACAGUGUUUUCCAUCUUAUCAAUCACAUUUCCUACGAGUCGUUUGAUGAUUAUUUUGAAUUAUUGACCAAAGUUUAUUCCCUUAACUCGCUGACAUUCAAGAUGACAUUAAAUUAUUUUGAGUCUGACUAUAAGUCUGAUAUUAUCGAACUCAUUCAGCGUAUUGACAACAAGGAGGACGUCGAGAUGAGUUCUGAAAAUGACGAUAGCGAUGAUAUCAACCUUGAUGAUUUGAUUGGACAAGGGGAAAACCAUACACUGAGUGAUAGUAUGAAUAUGCAUGAGGUAAUUGCAAUCAAUGAUCUCAACAUCGGUACAAGAAAUAAUUCACAAGAACAGGAAGAAAUCAGAGUCUCAGACAGUUCCAGCAGCGAGGGAUCAGACAAACUUCAAGAAGAAGAUGCUCAUAUAAUGUCUGAAAGCAAGGGAAUUCAACUUGACACGGAAGCUGUGGCCAAUGCCCAGAAUGCGUUCAGUCUUGGGUUGUCUACUGAUGGCAAAAGUAAGGUAGUUUCUGUAUCUGAAGAAGACAAUGUGUUUCUAGACCGCCAGUCUUCAAGCAGAAAUGAGAUAGCUGAAGAGUUUUCUCAAAUUGACAUUCGUGAUCGGUCAUCGUUUGAAAUAAAGGAUCCAUUUCAAACGCUAGUCGAAAAGGUUGAUCCGUUAAAAGCUAGAGCUGAGAGGAACAAACAAAUUAACAUAUACGAGGAUUCAGUCCACGAGAGCAAAGAAAAUAGGGCAUCGUCUACUGACUGCUCCCCUCGAAAGCAUGUCGAUGAAGUGUAUGACUAUUCUGAGUUGAACUGGUUCAACUUCCAGCUAGCUCAUAAUUCGGAGAGAUUUAAAAGUGAUGUCAAUAGAAGUGAGUUUGAAAAUUUAACCACUCGUUUAGGUGAUAAAAUGAUCAAUAACGAUGAAGUAUUACGAUUGAUAAAUUAUCUUCAAAGUAGCAUUGAUUUUGAUAUGGAGUUUGCCAAUUACUUUUACAAAGAAGGUAGCAAGAAAUUGGAAGCCAACUUAUGGAAGCUCUUUGAGAAGUUUAGCGUUUUGAACAAAUCUCAGAUUUCUAAUGGUUUGAUAAUUGCCAAGCAGCUCUUGAUCACUCGUAUGAAGAUUGACCUCAAGAAAUUAAUUCACACUUUAGUGAAACUAGGGGAUAUUGAAGAUGAAAGCAUUGUUGAGUUUGGAUACGCCAUAAGCGAAAUCUUUGAAGAGGUGUUGAGGUGUAAGUAUCCUUCGGAAGAUAUUCUCGAUGUAUUGAUGGAAGCCACUGGACAUUUGAAUGUUGAACACCCCAAAAAUAAGAUCGUCAUGGGGUUUGAUCUUUUGUUGAAGUUCUUGAUACACUACCCAUUAAUUGGCCAAAAAAGUGGUCAGAAAAUGGCCAUAUUCUGUAAUACCACCUUAUAUCCAUUACUUAGCCAUCAAGAUAUCGAGGUCAGGCGGAUCACGGUACUCAAUUACGGAAAGAUCUUGAAAAGCUUGCAAGGCGCCAAUCUUGACACCAAAAUGAUCCAAGAGAGCCUCAGUGGCUCCCAGAAAAAGCUCAUCGAAUAUUACAGUAAAACUUAG